AUGGCGCCCCUACCCAUCAAAUUCCAGGAGCUGGUCCAGCUCACCAGCACUGGUGUCGACACACAAUCCAUCGGCUUCAACACCUGCACACUCGAAUCAGAUCACUUCGUCUGUAUCCGCGAAAAGAAGGACGAAGCUUCCCAACCCGAAGUUGUCAUCAUCGAGCUCAAGAAUGGCAACAACAUCACCAGACGGCCAAUCAAGGCCGACAGUGCCAUCAUGCACUGGUCUCGCCAAGUCAUCGCUCUCAAGGCGCAAUCCCGCACACUACAGAUCUUCGACCUCGAGCAGAAGAAGAAGCUGAAAUCCUGCACCAUGAAUGAGGAUGUGCAGUUUUGGAAGUGGAUUAGCGAGUCUAGCAUUGGCCUGGUUACAUCCAGCAGCGUGUAUCACUGGGACGUCUAUGACGCAGGCCAGGACGCACCUGUGAAGGUGUUCGAGCGCAACGCGAACUUGAAUGGCUGCCAAAUCAUCAACUACCGUGUUAAUGUGGAUGGAAAGUGGAUGGUUGUAGUAGGUAUCUCCUCACAAGGUGGUCGUGUUGUUGGUGCCAUGCAGCUCUACUCAAAGGACCGUGGCAUCAGCCAGGCUAUCGAGGGCCACGCCGCUGCCUUCGGCUCUCUGAGGUUGGAAGGCGCUCCCCAGGAUACCAAGCUGUUCACCUUCGCCGUGCGAUCCGCCACCGGUGCCAAACUUCAUGUCGUUGAAGUCGACCACGCCGAGAACAACCCGGUUUUCCAGAAGAAGGCUGUCGACAUCUUCUUCCCCCCUGAGGCUACCAACGACUUCCCCGUGGCUCUGCAAGUUUCUCAGAAAUACGGUGUUGUCUUCAUGGUAACCAAGUACGGGUUCAUCCAUCUCUAUGACCUGGAGACUGGAACCUGUAUCUUCAUGAACCGUAUCUCGAGCGAAACCAUAUUCACCACGUGUACCGAUGACGGAUCUACUGGACUGGUGGGUAUCAACCGUAAGGGUCAGGUCCUGUUUGUUACUGUUGAUGACACGAAUGCGAUCCCCUAUCUCCUUCAAAAUCCUGCCAACAGCGAAAUCGCCAUCAAGAUGGCAUCUCGUGCUGGCCUUCCCGGCGCCGACGACCUCUACGCCAGACAGUUCGACCAGCUCUUCAACACUGGUAACUACAGCGAAGCCGCCAAGAUUGCAGCAAACUCUCCUCGCGGUUUCCUCCGAACCCCCCAAACUAUUGAGAAGUUCAAGCAGCUCCAAACUCAGCCUGGACAGAUGGCUUUCACCCUGCAGUACUUCGGUAUGCUCCUCGACAAGGGUGCUCUGAAUGCGCACGAGACGAUCGAGCUUGCCCAGCCUGUUCUGGCCCAGAACCGCAAGCACUUGCUUGAGAAGUGGCUCAAGGAGGAGAAGCUGGAUUGCUCAGAGCAGCUCGGUGAUAUGGUUCGACCAUAUGAUAUGAACAUGGCUCUUGCAAUCUAUCUCAAGGCCAACGUUCCCCACAAGGUCGUUGCUGGCUUCGCUGAGACUGGACAAUUCGAUAAGAUUCUUCCCUACAGUGCUCAGAGUGGCUAUCAACCCGAUUUUAUCCAGCUUCUGCAACACAUCAUUCGAGCAGACCCAGAGAAGGGAGCUGCAUUUGCCACUGCCCUAGCUAACAACGAAGGGGGUCCUCUGGUCGACUUGGAGAGAGUUUGCGAUAUUUUCCAAUCUCAGGGUAUGAUCCAGCAGGCCACCGCCUUCCUGCUUGACGCUCUUAAGGAUAACAAUCCUGAACAUGCUCGUCUGCAGACCCGACUUUUGGAGAUGAACCUGAUGCACGCUCCUCAAGUCGCUGAGGCUAUUCUCACCAACGACAUGUUCACCCACUUCGACAAGGCCCGCAUUGCCCACCUUUGCGAGCAGGCUGGUCUGGCACAAAAGGCCGCCGAACUUUACGAAGACCCCGAGGCUAUCAAACGUGUUAUUGUCAACAUUCCUGGAACCCCCAACUUCAACGCCGAGUGGUUGACAGGUUUCUUUGGCAAGUUGUCCGUUGAGCAAUCUCUUGCUUGCCUUGACGCUAUGAUGAAGCACAACAUCCGUCAGAACUUGCAGUCUGUUGUUAAUAUUGCGACCAAGUACUCUGAGCUUCUUGGCCCUGUUCACUUGAUUGAUCUGUUCGAGAAGUACAAGACCGCUGAGGGUCUCUUCUACUACCUGGGAAGCAUCGUCAACCUUUCUGAGGACCCUGAUGUUCACUUCAAGUAUAUUGAAUCUGCUACCAAGAUGGGCCAGUUCAAUGAGGUUGAGCGUAUUUGCCGCGAUAGUAACGCGUACAAUCCCGAGAAGGUGAAAAACUUCCUCAAGGAAGCUAAGCUUCCUGAGCAGCUACCUCUCAUUAUUGUUUGCGACAGGUUCAACUUUGUCCAUGAUCUCAUACUGUUCUUAUACCAGAACCAGCAGUUCCAGGCCAUUGAGGCUUAUGUUCAGCGCGUCAACCCCGGCAGGACCCCUGCCGUUAUCGGUGGAUUGUUGGACGUCGACUGCGAUGAGAACAUCAUCAAGCAGCUUCUGAGCACUGUUAAUGCUGAGCAGAUCAACAUUGACGAGCUCGUAUCAGAAGUUGAGUCUCGUAACCGAUUGAAGCUUCUCCUGCCCUUCCUUGAGGCCACCCUGCAAGCUGGCAACACACAGCAGGCCAUUUUCAACGCUCUGGCCAAAAUCUACAUUGACUCGAACAACAACCCAGAGAAGUUCCUCAAGGAGAAUGACCAGUACGAUACCCUUUCUGUCGGAAAGUACUGCGAGAAGCGUGACCCCAACCUGGCAUACAUUGCCUACUCCAAGGGCCAGAAUGACCUGGAGCUGGUAAAUAUCACCAAUGAGAAUUCCAUGUACAGGGCUCAGGCACGUUACCUCCUUGAGCGCUCUGAUAAUGAGCUGUGGCGAUUCGUCCUGAGCGAAAACAACAUACACCGUCGUUCUGUUGUCGACCAGGUCACCGCUACUGCCGUUCCAGAGGCUAGUGACCCAGCCAAGGUCUCUGUUGCCGUCUCUGCCUUCCUUGAGAACGAUCUUCCGCUUGAACUUAUUGAGUUGCUGGAGAAGAUUGUUUUGGAGCCCUCGCCAUUCAGCGACAACCAAAAUCUCCAGAACCUCCUCCUCUUCACGGCCGCCAAGGCUGACAAGGCUCGCGUCAUGGACUACAUCCACAAGCUCGACAACUACAACGCUGAUGACAUUGCUACAUCCUGUAUUGAAGUUGGACUCCAUGAGGAAGCGUUUGAGAUUUACAAGAAGGCCGACAACAAGUCUUCUGCCGUCGAUGUUCUAAUUGAGCACGUCGUCAGCAUUGAUCGAGCACAGGCAUAUGCCGAGGAAGUCGACCUGCCCGAUGUUUGGAGCAAGGUUGCUAAGGCUCAACUCGAUGGACUUCGUGUCCCUGACGCUAUUGAGUCAUACAUCAAGGCCGAGGACCCCAAGAACUACGAGGAGGUCAUUGAAAUCGCUACCAACGCUGGCAAGAACGAGGAACUCGUCAAGUUCCUUCGCAUGGCCCGCAAGACUCUGAGGGAGGCUGCCAUCGAUACUGCCCUCGCUUUCUGCUAUGCCCGUCUGGACCAGCUCCAUGAGCUCGAGGACUUCCUCCGAGCUACAAACGUUGCUAACAUCGAGGAAUCUGGUGACAAGGCUUACGAGGAGGGACUCUAUGAAGCUUCCAAGAUCUUCUACACCAGCAUCUCCAACUGGGCCAAGCUUGCCACCACUCUCGUCCACCUUGCCGAAUACCAGGCCGCUGUUGAAUGCGCUCGCAAGGCUAACAACAUCAGGGUUUGGAAGCAGGUUCACGAUGCUUGCGUCAGCAAGAAGGAGUUCCGCUUGGCUCAGAUCUGUGGUCUCAAUCUGAUCGUCGAUGCAGAGCAACUGCAAGAGCUUGUCAAGUCAUAUGAAUACAACGGAUACUUCGACGAGCUCAUCAGUUUAUUGGAGCAAGGUCUCGGUCUCGAGCGUGCCCACAUGGGUAUGUUCACUGAGCUUGGUAUCGCAUUGUCUAAGUAUCACCCUGAGCGUCUGAUGGAGCACAUUAAGCUGUUCUGGUCUAGAAUGAACAUGCCCAAGAUGAUCCGUUCCUGCGAGGAGGCAAACCUUUGGCCCGAGCUCGUUUUCUGCUACUAUCACUAUGAUGAGUUUGAUAACGCCGCUCUGGCCGUCAUUGAGCGCCCCGAGAACUCCUGGGAUCACACUCAGUUCAAAGAGAUCGUUGUCAAGGUUGCCAAUCUCGAAAUCUACUACCGGGCCAUCAAGUUUUACGUCGAGCAACAUCCUUCGCUGUUGACCGACCUCUUGACCGCCCUCACUGCCCGCAUCGAUGUUAACCGUGUCGUCAAGAUCUUCCAGAAAAACGAUGAUCUCCCCCUGAUCAAGCCUUUCUUGCUCAAUGUCCAGGUUCAAAACAAGCGUAUUGUGAACGAGGCUAUCAAUGAUUUGCUUAUUGAGGAGGAAGAUUACAAGACUCUCCGCGACUCCGUUCAGAACUAUGACAACUACGAUGCCGUUGAGUUGGCUGGCCGCCUCGAGAAGCACGAUCUGAUCUUCUUCCGCCAAAUCGCCGCCAGCAUCUACCGCAAGAACAAGCGUUGGGAGAAGUCCAUUGCCCUAUCCAAGCAAGACAAAUUGUACAAGGAUGCUAUCGAGACCUCUGCGCUCUCCGGCAAGAACGAAAUUGUCGAGGACCUCCUGCGAUACUUUGUCGAUAUCGGCCACCGUGAAUGCUACACCGGUAUGCUGUACGCUUGCAAUGACCUCAUCCGGCCUGAUCUUGUCCUUGAACUGUCAUGGCGAUUCGGCCUCAAUGACUUCACCAUGCCUUACAUGAUCAACAUGCUUGCUCAGCAGACCAAGGAGAUCGCCCUUCUGAAGGCUGACAACGAGGCUCGCAAAGCCAAGGAGAAGGAGGUAGAGAAGACGGAGGACAACACACCAAUUCUGGGUGCGUCCCGCCUGAUGAUCACAGCUGGCCCUGGAGGCAACAGCCCUUCACCUUACGGCCAACCGAAUGGUUUUGCACCACAACCCACCGGCUAUGGUUACUAG